AUUCAGUUCUCGUUGAGUUUGUGUCCAGGAUGGGACGAGUUCCGGCAAAGAUGCACACGCUCCUCGCGCUCCUCCUCCAGCUUCUGGUGGCCUCCAUCCACGCUAUCGAGUGGUCGCUUCCGGAUGUGAUCAAUUCCAUCGGAAAUGUGGGCACCAGCAUCGUGGAUCCCAGUCUUCUGCCCACACCCCAAGGACUCCUCGAAGGCAGCAAGCAGCUCAUCGCGGGAUAUCCAUUCGAGUUCGUCUCCAACUCCCUGAACGUCAUUUGCUCCCAGGCGCUGGCUUCAAACAAAAUCAAGUCGAAAUACUCGCCGGAUAUCAAUAAAAUGAACUUCCAACUGCAAACGGCGUGUGAAAAGAAAAACUUCCCACUUACAAGUCCGGAGUCCAUGUGGAAGAGUCCGCUUUUCGAUGUCAAGAAGAAGGUCGUCAUUCUGGCCACCGGAUGGACCACCACCGUGAAUGGUUCCGAUACCAUCGAAGUCUUCUCAAAGGCCUAUAAUUGCCGUGGGGAUGUCAACUUUGUGGCGGUGGAUGCUGCUCGUUUCGUUGAUACCCUGUACACCUGGUCGGCUUUCAAUACGGAGGAGAUUGGCGAGAACAUCGCCCUCGGAUUGGUGAAGCUUCUCGAUCUGGUGCCGGUGGAGAAUAUCCACUUGAUUGGCCAUAGCCUGGGCGCCCACAUUGUGGGUUCGGCGGGACGGCACCUGCAACACCUGACCAAUCAGACGAUACCCAGGAUUACUGGAUUGGAUCCGGCCAAGCCGUGCUUCAACGAGGGUGAAGCCCUCUCUGGUCUGAUGCGCGGAGAUGCCCACUUCGUCGAUGUGAUCCAUAGCAAUCCCGGGGUGCUGGGCAAGCGGGAUCCGGUGGGCGAUGUGGACUUCUAUCCGGGCGGAAUGAGCCCCCUUGCGGCGGGCUGUUUCUCGGUAACCUGUGCCCAUGCCCGAUCCUGGGAAUAUUUUGCGGAAACCGUUUUCCCAGGCAAUGAGCGCAACUUCAUGGCCACUCGCUGCAAUUCGAUAUCCAAACUGCGCGAUUUCCGCUGUCCGGGCGACGAGGUGCCCAUGGGAUAUGCGGUGCCGCAAAACAUUAAGGGCAACUAUUUCCUGGAGGUCAGCGCCUCCGCACCGUUCGGCAUGCAUGCCUCCGUUGUGCGAUCGGCCCACUUGGAGCAUUGCGGCCUGUGUCCCGAGUCCACGAGCACCACUGAGGUGCCGAGCACCACAACCACGGGGAAGCCGGGUUCCUGGUUCUCAGGAUAAGGGGCAUAUCCUCCAAAUCACCAUUCCCAUAAUCUAUCCUAAGCUAGCAAUAAGCCUUGUUUUUUUUUUUUGGCUCAAACCGAUUGCGGUCGAUAAGCAAUACACAACUUGCCUUCUAAGCGUUGACAUUUCAAUUAAAUUUGUGUUUACUGUGCUUAUGCAAAGCCCAAACGGAAAAGGCAGCAGGCUCACGAACUUGGAAUACCCUACAUAUGUGAUAACGAAGGAUAAUGGUAAAAGGCAUAAGCAUACUUAAAUAAAUAUGAAU